CUCAGCUUCUCCAGUCCUGGUCUUGUUCUCUCUCCAGCUGUAGCAGGUGUUCCCUGGAACCUGUAUCUUUGUGCCAUCUUUGUUGUCUCCCGGGUGCCGGGCCCGGGACAGAGGGCUCGGAGCUGCCAUGACGACGGGCGACUGCUGCCACCUGCCCGGCUCCCUGUGCGACUGCCCGGGCAGCGCGGCCCUGGCCAAGGCGGUGGAGGAGUCGGCGCUGGGCCGCCCGCAGUACAUCACACAGGUCACCGCCAAGGACGGCCGCCUGCUCUCCACCGUCAUCAAGGCGCUGGGCGCCCAGAGUGAUGGUCCCAUCUGUCGAAUCUGUCAUGAAGGUGGAAAUGGGGAGGGACUGCUUUCCCCAUGUGACUGCACAGGAACACUGGGCACCGUGCACAAGAGCUGCCUGGAAAAAUGGUUAUCCUCCUCCAACACAAGUUACUGUGAGCUCUGCCACACAGAAUUUGUUGUAGAAAGAAGACCAAGACCUUUGACAGAGUGGCUGAAGGACCCCGGGCCCCGCAAUGAGAAGAGGACGCUGUUCUGUGACAUGGUGUGUUUCCUGUUCAUCACCCCCCUGGCGGCCAUCUCGGGCUGGCUGUGUCUGCGCGGGGCCCAGGACCACCUGCAGUUCAACAGCCGCCUGGAGGCCAUCGGGCUCAUAGCACUCACUAUUGCACUUUUCACCAUCUACAUCCUUUGGACACUGGUCUCGUUCCGCUACCACUGCCAGCUGUACUCGGAGUGGCGAAGGACCAACCAGAAAGUCCGCCUGAUGCUGCCGGCCUCGCGGAGCCCCCGCCCCGUGCCCCACUCCCUCCUCGCUGCCAAGCUGGUGAAGAAGAGCGCGGACGAGACCACCGUGUGAGCCAGCAAGGUGGAGGCUCGGGUGUCCCGGAGAGCCAGGGAACGUGGCAGCUCUGAGUCAUCCCACCCAAAGGGACUCUACGCUCAGCACGUGCUUUAGACCUUGGCAAAGAGACACGUAAUCAACAUCUGUGUGUGAAAUGGCCCGAAAGAGCCCGAUGGCAGAAAAUGCCUGUCUGCAGGGACACUUUCCUAUAAUGAAAUACCAUACGUGGAAAACAUCUCCCUCUAUAUAUAUAUAUAUAUAUAUAUAUAUCUAUAUAUAAUAUUAUUUUUUAAUGGCCAUGUAUAUUGUGUUUCAAUCCUUUUGUGUUGAUGUUCUAAGCUUCAGGAUAGAAGCUGGCAACCUGAUCUCAUUCAGAGGUUAAAUCAAUGCCUUUUCUCCAAAUGAGCAUAUGAAGAACACUUUUCAUCAACCAUUCUUGAAAGUCCCCUUCUCCUUUGCACUAAAUUGGUUUUGAUAUACUGCAGCAGCCUUCCCGUUACUCUUUGGUCUCUUUUGUGGUGUUCUGUCCUUUCUAGAAAGUUGAGUGUUUUUAAUAAUUAUUACAAUCCCAGAAGGAGUAAAAUGACAUAAUACCGAAUGGAGACAUUUUGUAUUGUAAAGUACUGUAAUUCUGAGAAUUUCAAAAUCAGUUUCAGAAUGAGAGAAUAUUUUCCGGUGCAGACAUGAUCUCACAAACUGCUUUCCUUGAGAUCCUGGCUCAUCCCCAGGACUCGGAUGCACUCAGCCCUUGGUCUGUCUGGCAAAGGUGGAUGGAGGAUCCCAGGGUGGGGAGAGAUGGCUCCAUGCUAGCUAAGCCCAUUGCCUUUUGCUCUGAAAAGAUUGAGAAAGGAGCUUUCCUGACCCCAGAACUUGGGAGUUGGAGUCUCUGUUUGCUGAUGUCCUUUGGCCACCUUGAGGCUGGACCUCCUGUAGCAUCAGUUUCACUCGUACCUUAGGGGACAGGCCAUGCCCUGCAGCGCUGGCAGGUGCUCUUGGCUGUCUCUGUGCUUUACUUGCACAUUCCAGAGGAGCUGCUGGGACUGGGUUCAUCCUGGUGGUGCUCCCUGCCUGUUGUGUCCUCUAGUGAAACCACCCCCACCCUCAGUUUGCUGGUUUCCAGAGAACAGGCUCUGGGGGGGGUCCCUUGUCCUAUGGGGCUGGUGUUCCUCCUCCUCCUCCUUUCACCUGCAUUUCCAGCACAUGCAGCUCUCAAAGCCCUCUGUUUCAGAGUGCCCCCUCUGCCAAGAGUCCCCCUGGUUUGGCUUUGGUUCUUGCCUCUGCCACCUCCUCAUCCUGCCAGGCAGCGCCCAUGCCUGGUGCUGAGCUUUCCUGAGCCGAUUGGCACAGGCUGUGAGGGCACUGGCAGUGACACUGCCAUGCCAGGUGUGUGUGCUCCAGCUGCUUUGCUGGAGCCUGGGCUCUGGCUCCAUGGUGGUGAGGGUAGAGAGCAGGCAGGAGGCAGGCUCAGAGGGGCCUGUGUCCUUGCAGUGGGUGCUGGUCAUGCACUAUUGUCCCUUUGCCCCUUUGCUGAAAGCAAGUGGGUCAGUGCAAUGCCUUGAGAGAUGGAGAUCUGUAAUUUCCUGAAUUCAAAGCACCAUGUGCACUUCUUCCUCUUUCUUCUCUCUAGCUGCAAAGCAGGAUGUGUUUCCUUAUGUGUUCCCUCACCCUGAGCUGGAAGUUGCUGGUGGCCUGAGCAGCUGGGAGCAGUGUGCCAUCAUGCCCAACAGGAUUGCUUUAGCCCUGGCCCCUGGUCUGUCUCUGCUCUCCUCUCCCAGGGUUCUGGUGCAGCUUGGGGAUACCCCAACAUAUCUUGCAGCAGCCUCUCUGUGCCCUGAGAUCUGCCCUGAAUUGGUCUCCCUUCCAAGCCUGCGGAGCUGGUGUGAGCAUGGGGUGAAUGUCCUCUGCUACAGCCAGGCUGCACAUCUCUGCUCCCCUCUCGUGGCCAGCCCCCCACUGUCCCUUCCCUUCUUCCACAUACCCAUGGGUGUGUGCCCUUUCCUCAGUCAUGCACUCAUGCAGGGAUUACUCUGCUCCUGGUACUCUUGGUGGAGAGGCUGCUGCAGUCCCUGCUCCAGUCCCAUCCCAUUCCCACACAGGCACUCCCCACUCUGCACACCCCUUCCAUGGCAGCAGACUCUGCACCACUGCUCUGUGCCUUGUCCUGGGUGCCCUUUCCUUCAGCCCCUUCCCAACAGCCCCCUUGUCACCAGGACAUCAUCAGUGAAGAAAAAUGGGGGAGGUGGUUUAACCUUCCCAGCCCUGGCUGCCUCCCAGGAGCUUGGUCCUUGAAUGCACCAAGUUCUGGCAGGUGAUGAGGGAUGCUCUCUCCCGCAGCACGUCUCCAGGGUAAGGACUUCAUGGAGCCAGUGGUCCAGUUAAGAAACCCACUGUUAAUCCAAAUAUGCAACUGUGAAAGCCAGAAGCCCCUGGCUGGGGCAGUGGGGGCCCAGCCCUGUGCUGUUGUGUGGCUGCAGCUGCACUCAGCAUCCGUGACUUUAUUGUCAUUGCCAAUAAUUGGAGUUGUUGCAUGUGCCCCUGCAAGACCCAGUAGUGACUCUUUGAGUCUUGUCCUCCUUCCCAGAGGAGUUGUUCAGCUCGUGGAUGUGGGCAGUUGGUGUCUGACCCACCACGUUCCAGUGCAUUCUGGGGAAACGGGCUGUGCAAUGAUGUAAAUAAAAGUGAGACAAACUUUG